UUCUAAAAACAGAAAAAUAAAAUACGGAAAUAAAACUAGGAGUGUGCUUGUCACCAUCGUUCUUUCUUCAACUCUCAACAUGCCUAAACUACAGUCGUUUCGUAUGUUUUUAAAUGAGCGUUUAACUGCGGCUGCUGUGGAGAUUUUGGGUGCAGUUGAGCAAACGGUAGCGGACUAUCAGGAGGAGAAUGAUCGGCUACGGAGACUGCUGAGGAUCACACCGGAGAUACAACUAUUUAGAAUAGAAUCUCUGCAACUCUCUCUCGCUGUCUCUGAAGAUGAAGUUGCCUCUGAGCAGCAGCACUGUGAGCAGGAGUGGAGCCCCAGUCUGGGGCAGGAGAACCCAGAACUUCCACAGAUUAAAGAGGAACAGGAGGAACUCAUGGCCACUCAGGAGGAAGAGCAGCUUCAAGGGCUGGAGGCUGAUUUCAAAUUCACUCCUUCCUGUGUGAAAAGUGAAUGUGAUAAGGAGGACCCACUUCAGUCCUUGACUCUUCCGCAAACUCAGACUGUGGAGAACCGAGAGCGUGACCCUAAACAAGUGGAUCUCACACCUUUUGUUACUGUGACCCACGUUAAGGGUCUCUACAUUCCCUGUGACCCUCCAGAUAAUCAAAACAAUACCUCCAGCCACAGGUCAGCUGUAAGCAGUGACCCAGUAGGACUUGACAGCAGCCCGCCAUUGGAUCCCAGCCCACCAUUGGAACCCAGCCUGUCAUUGGAUCCCAGCCCACCAUUGAAUCCAAACCUAUCAAUGGGGGAACACUAUUCCAAACCCAGCACCAUGUCUAGAAAAACUCACCACUGCCGUGACUGUGGUGAAAUGUUUGCUUUGAAAGCUGACCUGCAGAGGCAUGUGACUCUCUUCAAGAAGAGACUCAGUGAAUGCCGCUUCUGCAGAAAACGCUACAACUCCACCUGUAAACUGAAGGCCCAUGUCCGACUCUGUCACAAUGGCCUGUAA